AUGGACGGGCCCUCCAUCGUUCAAGGCAGCGUCUCUUCUAUCAACAAUAUUCCAGGCCGCUCCAUCCUCCUUGGCGUGAUACUUGUGGUGAAUAGUGUAUGGCUUCUGGGGAAAGCGAUUAUGAUAGUGGGCUGGGGCAAUGACAAUGGAAGUGAUGCUGUUACCGGUACGUUUCCACACGCAUGUUCAAGCGGUCUUGGCAAGAUUCCCCAGAAUUAUCCACCUACGAUCAAAGGCAGAACUAGUGCUACGACUACUUCUAUGGAGAGAAACAACACCUUUGAUAUAUGUGGAAUCCCUGAUGUGGUCGUAGUUGAUGACGUUAGGUCAUCGGUAUCUCGUAGCUAG